AUGGGGGCCCGGCCUGAGCGCCGAGGCCGCCCUGCCCACCCGCUACUUCUACGUGCAGGCCGUGGGCGAAGACGGGCUCGAGUUCACUUCGUCACCGGGUGAGAAUGCGUUCCAGGUGAAGAUAACUGCUCCAGAUGAGCAGUUCACUCGGGUUGGUGUGCAAGUAUUGGACAGGAAAGAUGGUUCCUUCAUUGUGAGGUACAGGAUGUAUGCAACUUACAAGAACCUGAAGAUAGAAAUUAAAAUGAAAGAUAAACAAGUUGCAAAGUCUCCAUAUAUUUUAAAAGGACCCGUUUACCAUGAAAACUGUGACUGCCCUCAGGAGGACAGCAGUGCAUGGCUGGAAGAAAUGAGCUGCCCACAGACUAUUCCACAGAUUCAAAGAGACCUAGCAAAUUUUCCCACUGUUGAUCCAGACAAGAUUGCAAAGGAAGUUCCACAGAGGUUUGGACAAAGGCAGAGUUUGUGUCAUUACACCAUCAAAGAUAACGAGGUUUAUAUAAAGACAUAUGGGGAACAUGUUGGCUUCAGAAUUUUCAUGGAUGCUAUACUUCUUUCUUUGACAAGAAAAGUGAAAAUGCCAGAUGUAGAAUUUUUUGUUAAUUUGGGGGAUUGGCCUUUGGAGAAAAGGAAAUCUCCACAGGCUCUCCACCCUAUUUUCUCAUGGUGUGGGUCCAGCGAGUCAAAAGAUAUUGUCAUGCCAACAUACGACUUAACAGAYUCAGUUUUGGAAACUAUGGGAAGAGUCAGUCUGGAUAUGAUGUCGGUUCAAGCUAACACGGGCCCGCCCUGGGAGGAGAAAAAUACCACAGCAUUCUGGAGAGGACGCGACAGCCGGAAAGAGAGGCUUGAGCUUGUAAAACUCAGCAGAAAAUAUCCCGAGAUCAUAGACGCUGCUUUCACAAACUUCUUUUUUUUUAAGCACGAUGAAAGCCUUUAUGGCCCAAUUGUGAAGCACAUUUCAUUUUUUGAUUUUUUUAAGUAUAAAUAUCAAAUUAAUAUUGAUGGCACAGUGGCAGCAUACAGAUUGCCUUAUCUACUAGCAGGAAACAGUGUCGUGCUAAAGCAAGACUCCAUCUAUUAUGAGCAUUUUUAUAACGAGCUGCAGCCAUGGAAACACUACAUUCCAUUUAAAAGUGACCUGAGUGACCUGCUAGAGAAGCUACAGUGGGCAAAAGAGCACGAUGAAGAGGCAAAAAAUAUUGCAAAAACUGGACAAGAAUUUGCAAGAAAUAAUCUCAUGGGAGAUCAUAUUUUUUGUUACUAUUUCAAACUUUUUCAGGAAUAUUCCAUUUUGCAAGUAAAUGAACCAAAAAUCAGAGAUGGCAUGGAGAGAGUGCAGCAGGCUGACGAUGACCUUUUCCCAUGUACUUGCCACAGGAAAAAGACCAAAGAUGAACUGUGACAGAAAUGAAAUUUUUUGAUUAGUUGCUCUCAUUAAGAAUCCCUUCUUGAGGAAAGAAGGGAAAUUUGAAUUAAAACUUCACUGGCCAUGACGAAGUUUUUUGCAUCAUGGUCUCCAUUCGGAAGAAAACCAAACGCCACCAAAUUUCUUUUUAUCAUGCAGUCAUUGAGCUUUGUUCAAAAUUUUUUU